AAUUUCUUUCAUUUCCACCAACAAACCAAAGAACCAUGGCUAAGGAAGGAGACUUCAAGAGGAUGGACUUGAAGGUCUCAGCUAAUUGCUGUGAUGGUUGCAAGAAGAAAGUGAAGAAGGCCCUUAUAAGUAUUGAUGGGGUUGUGGGCACCCAUGUCCAUGUGUCUGAACCAAAAGUUACAGUCAUCAGCAACAGCAACAUCGAUGUCCAAAUUCUCAUCAAGAAGCUUGGAAAAGUUGGAAAGCCUGCAGAGAUAUGGCCCAGCGAGGAUCGGACGGUUGACAGUGAACAAAAUAAAGAUGAGAGUAGUGCUAAGGUAGUCGAAUCAGCGGCAUCAGGCGCUAAGAAAAAUGGAAAAGGCGCCGAUGGUGGAAACAAGUCCAAAACCACUGAUAAGAGUAACGAAAAUGAGAGUAAGAAAGGUAAGAAAAAGGACCCAAAAGGGGAAGGUGCAAGCAAUGAUUCUACGUCUGAAGUUACAAAGAUUGUAAAUCCUCCACCACAGGUGAAUUGCACCAUUUCUCCGGGUAUAGUGCACACCGGAGAUAAUGUUGCAUCCGACAGGCAGUGUUAUAUACCGGGGCCUUCUAUGGCCACCCCACUGCAUUAUAUUAUAUGUGCUUAUCCGGGCCAACUACCAUUCAACGUUGAAAAUCAUUACUACAAUCAAAUACCAGUAUCUCACCAACCACGUCCAGUGCGAUCACAGGAGCUAAAGUUCCCCGACUACUACAGUGAUGAUGAUGAGUCUGUCGGAUGCAGGUUAAUUUGAGGGCCUCACUCCUUUACCAUGGUAAAAAUAGUUGUAUUAUUUUAUAGAAACCAGUAGAGAAUAUUAGUGAUCUUAUGGUUGUUUUAGCGGUAUUUGUAAGCAUGGUUUUAGAGAAGUAUUUUUCAAAAUA